AUUAAGCGGAAAAGCGCGGAAAAAUUGUUGACUAACUAAAAGGGGGAAAAAAUUAUAGAAUGCAAACAGCUCUGCCUCAUAUUUUUUUGUAAUAUACAUAUGUAUAUGUAUGUACGUAUGUAUGGAAGCAUGCAUGUGCACUGGUGUGUAUACAUGUGUGAGUGGCCAAUGCUUGAAGUGAAAUUUUUUGAAGUGUAAUAAAUGAAAUGUUUGUUUAGGCAAGCUAAUCGUCAAAGCGAGUUAGCAGUGCGAAAAUUUGAAAUUGUUAGGAAGAGCGCUAAAAAUAUGCAAUGCGCUAGAUUUAAGUUAAAUUCUUUGUGAAAGUGAAAAUUUCAAUAUUUUGAGCGAUUUAUAAUUUACGUGUUAAAUCCAAAAACAGAAUAGCCAAAGUCUUGUGCCUUAAGAAAAACAAAGGGUGUAAUAAAAAAUAAAAAUAAAAUAAAUAAAAAAGAUCAUGCCAUUUGCUAUGGUUUAAAAGGCAAGUAUGUAUUCCAAAAAAUUAACUUACAAUGUCUAACCAAAGAAAGAAAAUGCGUUUAAAAUGUUAAACUUGCAUCAAAGUAUUGCUGCAUUCACCCCUACUUGCACUCCUGCCUGUCAUCUAUAUAUAUCACCUAUCAUCUCAACACCAUUUACGGAAAGUGACGUCAAUUUCGAGCACCGAAAACCAUUAAAAGUUCAUCAAUUAUUUAACAUUGGCGCAUUAAGUGGCUGACCUAUCGUCGCUCCUCUCUUCUGGCUAACCAACCGAAAAUCAUCACUCGCUGUCAACAUGUUGGCCAAAAAUGCGCUAUUAACUGUGUUGGCUCUAAAGGCGCUGUGGAUUGCCAGCUGCGUCGCGGAUACUGGCCUGCCGCUCAUACAAAUAAGUCAUGACGAUGACUUAGGCGACGAUUAUCCGGAGAUGCGUGAAGAAGUACACCUUGAGGAUUUCUUUUGGACCGGUUCUGGCGAUGGCCCGCCCGAUUAUCUGAAGAAGGUGCAUACUGGCAUUAGCAAGGGAAAAGAUGUGAUUGUUAAAACAGAGACUGUAGUAGCAACGGUUUACGUCGAUGGUAAUAAUGAAAUUGAUAUACCGAUUUGUUUGGAUUGCCCGCCAGAUGAUGGUGGUGGCACUUGGGGUACGGGCGCUCUACCCCCACUCAACUAUUCAGCAACAGAUCGUAGAUAUUGGUUAUUAACAGUAAUGUCUGGUUUUUAUACGCAGAAAGAUAAUCCAUCGUUGGAGGAAAAGUUGGCGCGUUUAUAUCGAUUGGCGUUUACGAGGCAACAGUCAAAGCACUUGGGUAUCAAUGGUGCGCAACAAAUCGCCGGAAUAGCAGUAUCAGCGGGUGGCAGGAACAGGCGUGGUCAUCAGAAAACCGGCGCGCCACCAUUUGAGUCCACAACGCUAAAAGAACUCGACGGUGACGCCGAGAUGCUCGACAUGGCUGGCGGCGAUGUGCCAGCUAAUCCGCGAUCCUUACAACCAAAACGGAAUGUCAACAGAAACACUGAGUGGGAAACGUCUUCUGAAGAAAACGGUGAUUCUUUCUCUAGCACAAGCACAACUGAAACUUAUGAUUACUCUAUGUCAACUAUUUUCGAAAUAAAUGGUACACACGAAGAAAGCGUCAGUAUACCACCCAUACCCUACAUGACUAUAGUGCCAUGGGAGCUGAUACAGCAGGAUGCGAGAUCAGAAAAACUUCAGGCCACGGCAGCGCUUUUGGAUGCACAGGCUUCAUUGGUACCGCUGCAACCACAAAACCCUUUGCUGCGUAUCGCGCAAGUACGUGUGGUCAUCCAUAAUAUCACACGCUUGACAGAGCAGGAACUACGGCGGGGCCUACAGAGUGUGGGAGGAUACGAUGAGGAUGUCAAUGAGAAAAUCGAUCAACGUCCCAUCGCAAAUCAAACCGAGCUUAUCUAUUCCGUAUUCGUUAAUGGUCGUCCAGUGUUAGCUGUAACGGCGGCUAACGACAUGAAGUUGGUGUCCGAGACAGAGGCGGCUAAUAUCAUUGGGCAGGAGGUCUAUAUGAAAGCUGAACCAUAUCUGCGCGAGCCGCAGGCCACACCUUUAGCACCGGCCAUACGCAGCGGUCAAGCGGGUUUCAUAGAUUCCAUACAAAAUAACACAGCUCUGGUUGUGGUUACUUCGGUAGCGAUUUUAUUGUUGCUGCUGCUUCUAGUAGCUCUUUUACUUAUGGGUCGUUCGCGUGUGCGCGAGAAACAUAGAUUGGAGGAACAAAGGACAACAAGUCGCAAUGAGCUACUCGCCGAACUGCAAUCAGGGCGCGGCGCUUCCACUGAAACUGGUUUGGACACAGGCCGCUCAACCGCACACUCACGUGACGUUGGCGUGCAGAACUUCUCCUUCGAACACGACGGCAACCGGCAUACGCGUGAGCCACGUAUCAACUUCCCCAGCCCGCCAAGAGAACGUGAAUAUCGUCGUGAUUCGCUUACCUCCUCGGAAAAUACAUCGGACUCUUCAGUCUACUGCCCCAUUAAUCCACCAGCACCAGAUGUUCAACGCAUGCUUGAUGAAAAGGCUGCAACUCUAUUCGAAAAACAACGUCGCAGGCAUGCACACCAGCACGAGUACGAUCAAGCAGAAGGUCGCGAGAACGCUGUUUACACUACUGUAAUUACAGAAAAGAAACAUGAUAAGACACGUCGCAAGACGAAACGACGAUAUCUCUCAGAAAACCGUGUGGGUUCUUUAGAGACCAGCCCACGCACACACCAUGCAGCCCAAUCUUCAGGCGAUGAAGUUGUCAGCGGCUCGCUGGACGACGAUCAAUUAAGCCCCGCAUACGCAAAUUUCGAAAAGAAUGAAUCAUUCAAUCCGCACAACAACUAUCAUCGCAACAAAUUGUUGCACCAAAAGAGCAUGUAUGGCGAUAAGGAUGACGGCGAACAGCUACAGCCAACAGAAGCUAUAAAUAAAGAGAUCAUACGCGCACUUCAGCCGACAGAAAGAUCUUCUGAUACCGGCAGCAUUGGUUCGUUCUUAUCGAUGGCUUCUGUGAAAGCAUUCCCGAAAAGUUCACUGCCACAGCCAUUGAAUCGAGUCUUAGACCCGGUCUUCGUUACAUACUACGAUAAUGUUGAAGAUCCCACUGCGAAGAAACAGUCCUCUAGCGCUCGUCCGUUGCCAAAACAGCAGAGCAGGCACGACACUUUAGACGCCACAACAAUAGCAACCAUAGAAAAUUUCACCACACCGAAAGCGCCAUCGUCGCACGCGCAUUUAGGCGCUUCGCAGAGUGAUAAUCCCGAUCCGGGCGUUGUCGGGCCCAUAGUUUGGGAAAGGCAUAAGAAACGUUUGAAUGAGACAUUAGAUGCUGAUGCUGAUGCGGACGAUAUGAUAAAGAGAUUUGACGAAAGGUACGGCAAUAAUCCGGGAGCGAUAAGAAAUCAUUAUGAGGAUUUGCUUGAAAGCGCCAUGCAAAUGUAUUCCAGUCAAGAUGACUUGCCGAUGCCGUUGCCGACUCGCGACUUCAGCCACAAGCGUAAGCCAACCAAGUGGGAGAAUCGCGGUUCGUCGGCAGGAGUGACAAGUCUCGCUGCACGCCUACAUAAGGGCGAGGCCCGCCCGGCUACUGCGCAGCCAGCGAAAACCAGCAAAUCUAAUCAGUCCACUCAACCACCUUCGCCUGCUAGCGGCGCUUGGGGUGGCAGUAUUUACGGUUCACAUUCACCACUCACCCGUCCAUUUAGCGCUGGACCCAUUCAACGCUCGGAAACGUUUCAGGUAGUUGGUCCACCCAGAUCGGCGUCAAAUCGCUCGGAUUUGUCAGCGGAGCCUCUUAUUGAGGCUAUUAAGAGCGAAUUGCGUAGAUAUAAGGAUGAGCAUAAUUAAAGUGUUCAUAUAUAGGAUUAAUGAAAAAUAGAUACAUAUCGACUUUUGUGUAAUAAAUAAGCAAACACGCUGCACAAAUUUACUUCAAAAUAGCACAAAAUAUAAAUAAGUAUCUACUUUUAUUUUAAA